ACGACAAUGGAUGGGUUAGUUGAGUUAGACUUGGUGAGUGGCGAACUGCUAAACGUGUUCCUCCAUGUCACCAGCAUCUACCUCUAUGCCGCUCUGGGAAUUAUGGGACUCCUUUUCAACUUCGUCAACUUUACUGUGUUCCUGAGGCUGGGUCUCUCUGACACGACCAAUAUCUCACUGCUGGCGCUGACCGUUGCCGACAUCGGCGUUUCCCUGACCAUGAUUGGGUACAGCGUCAUAAACAACCCCCUACUCGCGAGUAUCACACCCCUGGAACUAAUUGACGCCGUGAAUUAUUCCAUUCACGGAACAGUUCACGUUUUGUGCUGUCGCAUCGCCGGCUGCCUAACAGCUUUCAUCAGUCUCGAGAGAUUCGUGUGCGUCGCCCGGCCCAUGCACGUGAAAUCCAUCGUCACGCCUGAACGAACCAAACUCGUCGUCUUUGGCGUGUACGCGUUCAUGGUCGCCUGCACCAUCCCCACGUUCGUCGCGAAUCAGAUAGGUCAACGGUUUGACCCUGAUCUCAACCGAACCACGUAUCUGAUCUUCACGCCCGAUUCAGACCUACUUGAAAAUUUCACGUUUACCGUCAACGUCACGGUCCAGCUCACCUCGUUCGUUGUCGUCACGGCCUCCACGCUCGGUUUGAUGAGAUCGCUCACAAGGGUCGCCCGAUGGCGGUCAUCAACCGCAUCGUCGGUGUCGAAACACGCCCGUGCGUCCAGCCGAGACAAACAGCUGGUUAAGAUGGUCGUUUUGAUAUCGGUGGUCUUCAUCGCCUGCUCCGUGUCGACGGUGGUCGGCAACCUGGUCAUGAUCUUCGUGAAGGACUUCAACGUCCGAGGAAGACACAGGAACCUGUUCGUGCUGGCCUGCGUCGUCUUCUUCAUCCUCGAUUCCGUCAACUCCACGGCGAACAUCUUCAUCUACUUCAAGAUGAGCUCAAAGUUCCGGGAGAACGUCUUUCUGCUUCUACCACAAAAACAUCGGAAGAUUAAAGCGUAA